AUGAAUGAGUUGGGCAUUCAGCAAUAUCUGUCUACUGCUUAUCACCCACAAUCUCAGGGAGCCAUUGAACGGUUCCAUCAGGCAUUCAAAUCAAUGUUAAGCAAAUACUGUCGGGAGAAUGAGAAGGAGUGGGAUGAAGGAGUGCCAGUAAUGGUAUUCGCCAUUAGGGAUAAUUGCCAGGAUGCUCUUGGUUUUUGCCCUUUUCAGUUAGCUGGACAUGAUGUAAGGGGUCCGUUGACAAUUUUGAAGGGCAGUUGGGUAAAUAACAAGAUAAAAAUUCCACUUUCAGUGUAUGUUAACAAAUUCAAGGCUAGACUGAAAAGAGUUGGGGAGAUUGCUCGGGAGAACUUGUCCCAGGCUCAGUUGAAAAUGAAGGGUCAGUAUGACCAGAAGUGUAAUUGUGCAGAGUUUAACCCUGGUGACCAAGUACUAGCAUUUAUACCAACCCACAAAAAUCCCUUGCAAGCAAAGUUUAUAGGCCCAUAUACAAUAGCUAAGCAACAAAGCCCCCUCAACUAUGUCAUAGCAACCCCAGGAAAACGGAAAUCGGAGCAAUUAGUCCAUCUAAAUAGGCUGAAGCUCUACUACACCAGGGAAGCAAUUGUGUGUGCUAUGGAAUACCAGGAACCACAGGAACAAGAGCAAGAUUUACUGGUGGAGGUUCCAGUUAAGCUAUGCAAUUGA